CUUCGUCUAGUGCAGAACAUUCAGAACAUGCCCGAAUACUUCGCCGAGAGGCUGUACGACUCCAUGAAGAGUCUGGGUACCAGGGACAAGAUUCUCACCAGGGUGUUGGCAACUCGGUGUGAGAUUGAUCUCCUUAGCAUCCGUGCUGAAUUUCGGAAAAAAUACGGAAAGUCUUUGUACUCUGCUAUUCAGGCCGACACAAAGGGAGAUUACCAAUGUGCCUUGCUCGGACUGUGCAGAGCGGAGGAUCUGUAGAAGCAGCACCUGGAAACUUUUUGGGAUAAACCCUUUCGUGAUUCCACAGCUGGUCUGUCCCGUCCUACCCCUGAGCUCCACAGAACAUUUCUCUGCCUCAUGCUGUUACGGACAUGUAUGUAAACAAGGAUAGACACACACACACACACACACACACACACACACACACACACACACACACACACACACAGUCUUAUUCAGACAAACAGCCUUACCCAAACACACACAGUCCUUUACAUAAUCACACACCUAGUCUUUUACAUCGUCACACACAUGGUCAUUUACAGACACACACAGCAUUUUACAUGCACACGCACACACACACACACACACACGGUCUUUUACACACACUC